UUGUCUGGUCGUGAAAGAGGCUCGACGUGUGACAGCCUCUCCCUCCAUCCUCAGCUGAUGAAGCCGCUGCCGGGGAGGAGAGAACGGAUCGGGGAUUCGGAAGGUCUCCGGCGAACAUUAAACUCAAACACAUCCAAACCGUCGAGCUGGAAGGAUCGUUUAUUUUUCCGUGUUCGUGUCGGGCUGUACCGGGGGCGGCUGCUCCAGCGGAGAGAUGCUGUCAUGCAGAGAGGCGUCAUUGAUUUAAAAGGGGGAAAAAUACAACAGUGGCAUCAACUGCGGAUUGUUUCUAAAUCACUGAGACGGAAAUAAAAGCCGGGUCGAUAUGACAACAAAUGUCUGCAUCGAGGAAGUGAAAAUGUAACCCGUGACAGAGAUACACUCACAUCCGCUCUGACUGGAAAUCUUCAGUGAAUUAACGCUGCUGAUCACGUUGUCACGGUGUCAAAUCAGCGUGAUACGACGAAAUUUGUGUUUCUGAAUAACAAGUAUUUAUGAUCAACCUCAAUAAUUUAUGUAGAGAAUGGAUUCAUCAUAAAGUCUCUGUCUGCCAAGACCAUUUUUACAAUUGAUUCAAUUGGAUUGAAGAUUCAGUAGCAUCCAAAAUAGUUCAGGGAAUGCUAUAAAUGUUUUAGGCAAAAUUUAUAUGAAGAUUUUAGAUUGAAAGUUUAUUCUUGGCCUUGGAAACAACAGACGACAAAAUCAUCUCUCAACACAAGGUCUAUUUAGUGGUGCUGGAGCUUUUAAUCACAUUACUCUGCCUUUAGCAGAAACCUGAAUUUUAAGGGUCAGCAGAUGGAGACUUCACACUGGAACAGGAGGGACCAAAGCUGAAAAGGGACAAAAAUACAUCAAAGCAUCUCUGCAGCAGAUUUUUAAAAACUCUUUAUAAUAGUGCAGUUGAUUUUUAGUUUUUAAAUUUUGUUAAAUUAGACUUUUUUCUGACACAGUGUUGGAUCAUUCCUGUACUUAAAGUUACUCUUGUGAUUUCAUCCUACAAUCCAAAGACACUUUUUACAUGUGUCAAAAGAAACUGACUUGAUUCCUAAGUGCUGCUAUAUCACUGGUAGUCAGUUCUCAUGCUGUUGUGAUGCUUGACGUGGUGAAGAUGAAGGAGGCGUGCAGAAUCUGCGCCCGCGAGCUUUGCGGCAACCAGCGGCGAUGGAUUUUCCACCCAACUGCCAAGCUUAACCUACAGGUACUACUUUCCCACGCUCUUGGCCACGAGCUGACCCGGGACGGCCGCGGGGAGUUUGCCUGCUCCAAGUGCGCCUUCAUGCUGGACCGCAUGUACCGCUUUGACACAGUCAUCGCCCGUGUGGAGGUGCUGUCUCUGGAGCGGCUCCACAAGCUGCUGCUGGAGAAAGACCGGCUUAGACAGUGUAUCGGAGGCUUGUACCGAAAGAACAACACAGAGGAUGAGAGCGUGGCUCCGUCUGGGUCUGUUGUAGGGGUUGUUGGGACUGAUGCAGUAUCUGAGGACUCGCCUGUGGUAGAUCUGUCAGACCUGCAGGAUGGAAAGUACUCAGAUAUGGUCCAGGAUGAUCUGACCUACUCUGUGUAUGAAUCUUGGGCUGAUAAGGAGGACUCAGCCGUGGACCACCACACGCAUCACCACCACCACCACCACCUGCAGUGCCCAAGUGCAGACCCUCUCUCUGGCCAGAAGCCGAGGCGGUGCAGGGGAUGCGCAGCGCUCCGUGUUGCAGAUUCUGACUACGAGGCUGUGUGUAAGGUGCCUCGUAAGGUUGGUCGCAGAAGCACCUCCUGCGGCCCAUCUACCCGCUACUCAGCAGCUACCCCGGGGGUUGAGGACCCUCCCAGAGCCUCUGGAGAGUCUGAAGCUACAACUGUUGCCUUUGAGGCCUCCUUAGCUGAGCUGGACACUGAUAAGACCAUGUGUGACCGGACGAGUCCCAGUCCGGCUUCAUCUGUAGAAUCUCUUGACACCGCCGUGGACAUAAGCUGCCCUCCUGUGAACCGCAAAGAAAGAGAAGAAACUGAACCAGAGGAGGCUCCAGUAAGAAGGGACACUCCAUGGGACAAAUCCCCAAGUGAGAGCUCUCUCUCUGGGCUUGAUAUGACGCUGAGCCUCCUGAAGAGCUGCGAGUACCGGCCAGUGAAGCCUCGAAGGGGCAGCAAGCUCCCAGUUCUGGUCAAAGCCAAACUGAAGCAAUGCCUGUUGCUGUCCCUGCCCACCCCGUUAAGGUCGCCUUGUGGAGGGGCAACAGACUUUGAGCUGUACCCCCACAGGCCUGUACCAGAGGUCGUGAUCCCCUGUCCCCAGCAGGAGCUGCAGGCAGAGCUGGCCGAGAUGGAGGAGCAGUGGUUGGAUGAUUAUGUUGAGUGCGGGCCGUUUCGCUUUCAGCAGAGGCUGAUCGAUGAGCAGCAGGGUCAGCUCAGCCAGUAUGAGAGUGCUGCAGGUCAGUGUGUCGGUGAACUGCAGAAGGCCCAGGACCAGGUCCGCUCACUCCAGGCCAAGAUCAGGGAGAGUGAGACCAGGAACCAGAAGCUGCAGGAGCGUCUCGGCGACAUGGAGCUGGAGCUGCGUUCAGCCCAAGAGGAAGCUCAGCGGCAGGAGCGAAACAUCCAGAACAUCACAGAUACUGCUAACUCCAAGGAGGCAGAGGCUGCAGAGCUGUAUCGGGUGAUUGAGGAACAGAAUAAGAUGCUGUGUUCUCUCAAAGAGCUUUCCAACCGCAACCAGCUGCAGCAGCUGCAGGUGGCGGGUGCAGACAGUAUCCGGGGUCAGGGUGAGGUCCUGGCUCUGCAAGCUUCUCUGUUCCAGGCCCAGCUGGAGCUGCAGGCCGGUCAGCGGGCGCAGCGGCAGGCGGGAAGGACGCAGGAGGACUUGAACCGAGCCCUGCAGAGGCUGGAGCAAGACCUGCAGGGGGCACUGCAGCACAGGAGAGAGACCGAGAGACACAACCAAGAUCUGCAGCUGGCUCUGGAGAAGACGCGAUCGGCCCUGCAGGAGAGAGAGGAGCAGCUGAGAGAGGCCGAGCAGGAGAGACGGAGGCAGGCUGAGGAGAGAGAGAAGACCAUCAGAGAGCUAAAGACGUCCCUGCAGACCAAAGAGCAGCUGAUUGAGGACUACUGUGAGCUGCUGGAGGAUCCAAAGGAGAAGAGAGACUCUCUGCUUCAGAAACUCCGCCAGCGUAUCAAGGAGAGAGACCGAGCUCUGGAGCGAGCAGUUGAUGACAAGUUCCGCUGUGUGGAGGAGAAAGAAGAGGAGACUCGUCGGCUUCAGCUGCUGCUUAGAGAGAAGGAGAGAGACCUGGAGAGGCAGCGCUGCGUCCUGGCAAACAACGAGGAGACCAUCACUAGUCUGGAGGUGCUGGUGCGUGGUAAGGCCUUGGAGCUGGAGCAGGUGUGCGACGCCUGGAGGAACGUCCAGCGGCAGCAGCAGGGGAGCGAAGAGAGACAGAGCAGCGCCCUUAGAGAGAGAGACAGCAUCAUCAGCCAGCUGCAGGCGGCGCUGCACGCUCGCACGCAGGAGGCUCAGGACUUGCGUUGCACCCUACUGGCUCAGAUCCAAACAGCUCCCAGUGACGUUCUGGAGGAGCUGAAGGUCCGCCUCCAGCUCAAAGACCGACUCUUCCAGGAUGUGCUGGCUGACCGGACCCUUGAGGCCCAGGAGCACCAAGAGCAGGUCCAGAAUCUGCUCCGAACCAUCAGCUCCAGGGACCAGUACAUUCAGGACUCUGCGGGCCGGCUCAGUGAGGUGAUGACGGAGCAGACCGGGAGGCUCCAGGAGCUCCGCAGACAGCUGAGCUCAGGUGUGGGGUCGAGGACAGACUCCGGAGCAGACUCUGCUGUGGAGCUCCAGGCCCUACAGGAGGAGCUGCGUCUGGCUCUGAGGAGGGAGAAGGAGAGCCAGGAGCUGAGCAGGAGUCAGGCAGGCAGGGUGGACUCCCUCACCAGGACGCUGUGUGUGAAGGAGGAGAUCAUCAGGGACUUCCAGAGGCAGAUGGCGGAGCCCUCAGCUCUCUCACUGGUGGAGCGAUUGACCCUGGAGGUUCAGGAGCUGAGGGAGAGCCUGGUCCAGCGGGACGGUCCCCCAGCGAGAGGCCCCAUCCUGGGCCGGGACCGGCCCAACAGCAGGCAGCCCGAGUUUGGAGAACUGAGCUCGGAGGAUGAAGACGAGGCCGAUGAUGAUUUGAACAGUGAGUGCACUGAGAGUGUUGAUGAAGAGGAGUCCAAACUGCAGUCUGUGGCCAACACCAAGAAUCCUGGAGCUUCAGGAAAGGCUCCAGCCCAGGAGCUGCUGUUUGAAGGUCAGGGACUGAUGGAGGUCAAGCAGCUGGUGGAGCAGAAGCGGGUGGUGGAGAGAGAGCUGGGAGAGCUAAAGGCUCAGCUGGAGAAGGCCGGCUUCUCCUCACUUUCCCAGAUGAGGAAAGCUCUGUUCAGCCUGCAAGCAGAAAACGGAGAUCUGAAGCAUCAGCUGAGUGAAAACCUGCAGCCUGACAGCGCACACACAGAUGAACAGAAAAUGUUGGACGCUGAAGAGGACGAGGACGAGGUUGAGGAGGAGUUGGAUGUCACCAUCGAAGGGGCGGAGGAGGAUGAAGAGGAAGAAAGCUCUGAGAUGUGGGAUGCCUGGGAUAGCGAGCUGUCUCUGUCACAGAGCAACAUCCAGAGCAGUGCUGAGCAGAGAGCCAACAGACCUGAGUCCCUGCAGCUCUCCAGCUCCUCACAGCAUGUCCUGGACAGCGAGCUGUCAGCGGAUCAGCAGCAGGGCGCCGCGUCCUCUACAAAGUGUGAGAAGACAGUUCGACUGCAGCAGAAGAGCAAAGAGCUGCAGGAGAGACUGAUGGUGUCUGAGGCCACAGUUCAGGCUCAGGCCGAGCAGCUCAAAGACUACAGAGAGCUGCUCACGGAGACUGCAGUCCAGCAGGACAGCAAGCAGAUCCAGGUGGACCUGCAGGACCUGGGCUAUGAAACCUGUGGCCGCAGCGAGAACGAGGCUGAGAGGGAGGACACCAGCAGCCCAGAGUUUGAUGAUCUGGAGAUGUGCACGUCUCUGGACUGUGGAUCCCAGUGGUGGCCCGCCGGCAGCAGCAGCAGCUCCUUCACUAAAACCACCACCCAGAGCUCCGCUGACGGAGACGAGAUGUCGUCUCUGCAGCGCCUUGUCGAGGACCUGCGCUCCCAGCUGUCCCGCUCUCAGGGGGUGAUCCGCGGCCUCCAGAGCCGGCUCCGCUCCCUCUCCACCUCCAGCGACUACGGCCCCUCCACACCCCGCAAGGUCAACUGGUCCUUCCAGGCCUCGCCCUCCCAGAGCGGGGCAGAGGACGACGAGGGCUGGCAGUCCUCAGACGGAGGUCCUCUGGCUUCGCCCCGUCACCCUCACCCAGAAAAGGGUCUGCAGGAGCUGGUGUCCCGCGUGGACGCACUGGAGGACCAGCUGAGGAAAGGAGGCAAGAAGGCUGUCAGCGAGGACGUAAAGUCUGCCACCUGGCCGGGUAAAUUCGACACUCUGAUCCAGGCUCAGGCCAGAGAGCUGUCUCACCUCCGCCAGCGGCUGCGGGAGGGUCGGGGCGUGUGCAACAUCCUCACCCAGCACCUGGGCGACACCACCAAGGCCUUCGAGGAGCUGCUGAGGGCCAACGACAUCGACUACUACAUGGGCCAGAGCUUCAGGGACCAGCUGGCUCAGAGCGGCGCUCUGGCACAGCGGGUCAGCGCCAAGAUCAGCGGACGAGAUCAUCCUGAAGAUCCAGAUGAGAAGACAGAGCUGCUCGCCAUCCGGCUCAGUAAAGAGCUGCAGCAGAAGGACAAGGUCAUUGAGUCUCUCCGCGCCAAACUAAACCAGCACCACCACCAUCAUCGCUCUGACACGCCCUGCAGCAGCCAUGCCCUCUCCGACACCACCGACCAAUCGGAUCGUAUCUCCUACGUGUCUGACGAGCAUGGAUCCACGCACGAUGAUCUGGAUCUUUGCUCUGAAAUGGAUGCUGCCAGCGAGCUCGGUCAGAAGGAAGCGCGCUCCUUAACCAGAGUCAGCACAGAUUGCCACUCUCACAGUGGCACCCUGUCCCAUCAUUCGUCUGUCCCUCCCUCCAUCGCCUCAUCCCACAGAGCCCAGUCCUGCCUCAGCUGUCCCAGCAUGCAUUGCCCCAGCUCACCACACAAACCCGCAGACAUGCAGAGUCAGACAGCUCCGGCCUCAUUCUUCACCUCUGCCCCCUUCCACCCUCCCCCUUCCUCCUCCACCUUCACCCAGAGGGCACCUUUGCCCUUCCAUGCCCACCCUGUAACCCCACGCACCCGUUACCAAGGCAACGGGGGAGUGGGUUUCUCCCUGGCUGAGGUGCAUCAGGAGCUGCAGAUGUUACAGAGGCAGCUGAGAGACACUGAGAGGUUUUCCACUCCUCAGUCCAAACCUCUUCAGGCUUUCCCGUUUGCCCACCAGCAGCCUGACCCGUCUGCCUUCCUGCCUCUGUCCUACCAUGGAUACCAGCCUUCUCCUUUCAGCAGCGCCACCAGCGGCGGUCUGGAUGCCAGCUCCGCAAUGAAAGCUGGGUCCAGUCUGCUGGAGAGCAGUGCAUUGUGGGAUUUGAGCUACGGUACCAGACCGGUGAGACUUGGAGCCGACUUGUCCUCAGGAUCCUCGGGAUACCAGUCAGGCACCAGCAACACAGGCUCAGACCUGAUGAAGGAGCAUCUGAGGGAGAUCAGGAGUCUCAGACAGAGACUGGAGGACUCCAUUCAGACCAACGACCGCCUCCGACAGCAGCUGGAGGAGAGACUGGCCCGCACCGCCACUGAGAAAGGUGCUCCUACCAACAUCUACAUCCAGGGUCUGGACUCUGUCAGCCAGCUCUCCAGUGAGAUCAGACUUCUGAAGGAGGAGAACAUCAGUCUGCAGAACCAGCUGAAGCAGGCCAGCAGAGAGAGCAGCAAGGAGGCGGAGCAGUUGAAGAAGGCGGAGCUAGAGGCAGAGAGGUGGGCGGAGAAAAGCAGGAAGCUGCAAGAUGAGGCUGAUGCUCGCAGCAAAGAGAUAGCACAACUGAAACUGGAUAGACAGAAGAACCAGGAGACCAUCAACAGACUCCAGCAUGAGUUGAGCGUCCUUCAGCAGCAGCUCUGUGAGAGCCGCAGUCUGGUCCACUCUCUGCAGUGUGAGCUGCAGGUGUACCACAGAGUUUGUGGAGUCGACACAAAUUCACACAAGGGUCAGGCCAGUGACAAUGCCAAACUUGGACUUAGCACUGCGACCUUUGACCCCAGAGAGCUGCACAUUCAGCUGGAGCAGCAGCUGAGCGGACAGGCGGACACACAGCCUCGAACCAGGAGACAGCUCUUCAAUGAAAAUGUCCCCUCACCCCCUGUGAGAGACACUGGACUGGUCAGUCCUUCCUCUCCUCUGCAUCCUGUGCAGAAACAUGCUGAAGCAGCCGAUCAAGCAGCCUCGUCCCUGCAGGGUCAAGCCCCAAACGGCUCAUUUGCCAGCCGUCAUGGCCGCCAUGCAGUGGGCCACAUUGAUGACUUCAAGGCUCUUCAGCAGCAGAUUCUGGAGGGCAGCGCUCUUCUCAACAAGAUGGAUGCUACCCUUUAUUCCCUGAGCACCCCUCAGGAGUUCAGCCUUCAUCAGCCUUCAGGCUCAGGUUCUGUCAGGAAGCUGCUGUCUGACAGUGAAACCCUGCGACAGAUCCUGGAGGAGGCCGACUCUCUGCUCCGGAUGUUCUGGAGAGCAGCUCUGCCAAACUGCGAGGAAACCAAACAGGUCUGAACCAAAGAGCAGAUGAAAGAUGAAACCAUAAAGUUUCAGUCAGUUAGUUAGGUAGUGAAGGAGUUUUUCUCUUGGUUGCUGCAAGUAGAAAAAAACUCUCACCCUCCCAGGGUGAGUACUAUGUUCAGAAUUCUUAAAAGCAACUCAAUAAACAGUAAAUAACUGAAUGUCCACACAGAUUUCGAAUUUUAAGUUCAAACCUUUUAGUGAAUCUUUUCAAGCAAACAAUGGGCAGUUACAGAGCUCUGGAUCAGAAAUGCCUCUCCCUAGCCGAUAACAUCAGCGAGUCAGCCUGCAUUCUGACAACCUGUUUUUCCCUGAUCCAGUAUUUUAUACUAUUACAAUGAGAAAAUGUGAAUGAAGGUAGAGUCAUCCUCUGGUUGGUUCCCCUCAUUAUCUGGCUCCCCUUUCAGCAUGGCAUCGUCUUUGGAUUGGUCAACUUCAAGGACAAUCCCUUAUUAGGAAUUGUUUCUCUCUUCUAGGUGUCCUGUUGAACAAAAUUAUAGACACCACACAUCCAUUCCCUUCUGACCCCCAUCCACUCCGCACAUCUCUUCCUCUUAUCUCCAUAUUUCAAGCUCUCUUCACGUCAUGCUCCCACUCUCACAACUGACCCCCAAGGUUAAACUAUCAUCCAGGACACUGAUUUAUGCAGCAAUAUAUCUUGUCUCUUAUAAGGAGUGAACAUGAACACUGAAUCAUAUACUUACAUACUCCAACAUUAGUUAGUCAGUCAUGUUAUAGGAGGUGAACUAGUUUCAGCAGGUAACAGUUGAAUCACUGGAGUCUACAGCAGUUAGUGUCAGACCUUCACAACCUGCCAAACGUUAGACACAUAGCAGAACUUAUUAUGUUUAAAGAAAUAGAAGAAUUAGUAUGAGACAGCUUUGAGAUGUUUUAAUGUGAUGGUUUGUAAAGUCUACAGAUGAACUUCAUUUAGGAGUUUGUCAUUUUCAAAUGUCAUCAAAUGUAUGAUAAUAAUAAGGACUCGAUCAUGUACUAAAUAACUUCCUAAAAUAGGGAUCUUUGUGCACAAAACAAUUGUUUAUUUGCUUUCUACUUUGAUCCCAUAUGUUUUUGGCUAGCAGUGAUUGGUUACGUACAUAAAGUCUUUACCAGUAGCCACUGAUCUCUUAUACAUAUACCUGGAUUUU